UUAACAAUGCCCGACAGUACUACCAAACAAGUUGCACUGACAAGAUAAUCUCAGGUGGUCUCCGAUCAUGCAUCGCAGUACAGUAUAAAUGCAACGUUUCAUAUGCGGUCUAUCACUCUCAUAUUCACUGCCACUUCACUUCAGUGCACGAGAGUAAGACCGAUUAGCCAUGGCUGCGGCUGCCUCAGAGCACGGCAGCGAGCUCCACGUCCUCCUGCUGCCGUACCCGAGCCAGGGCCACAUCAACCCGAUCCUCCAGUUCGGCAAGCGCCUCGCCUCCCACGCCGGCGUCCGGUGCACGCUCGCCGUCACGCGCUUCCUGCUCGGCCAGGGCCGAGACCCAUCCCCAGGCGCCGUCCACCUCGCCGAGAUCUCCGACGGCUUCGACCUUGGCGGCUUCGCCGAGGCCGCCGGAGACGUCACCGCCUACCUCUCCCGGCUGGACGCCGUCGGGUCCCGCACCGUGGACGAGCUGCUGCAGUCCGAGGCAGCGCAGGGCCGGCCCGUGCACGCCGUGGUGUACGACGCGUUCGUGCAGCCGUGGGCGCCAGGCGUGGCGAGGCGGCGCGGCGCCGCGUGCGCGUCCUUCUUCACGCAGGCGCCCGCCGUGAACGUGGCGUACGCGCACGCCUGGGCUGGGCGGAUUAAGGCGCCGUUAGUCGGCGAGGUGCCGCCGGGGCUGCCCGGGCUGCCGGCCGGGCUCGAGCCGGCCGACCUGCCGACGUUCUUGACCGUGCCCGACGACUGCCCCGCGUACCUCGACCUGCUGGUGAGCCAGUUCGUGGGCCUCGACGCCGCCGACCACGUGCUCGUCAACUCCUUCCACGAGCUGCAGCCGCAGGAAUCGGAGUACAUGGCGUCGAUGUGGGGCGCCAAGACGGUUGGUCCAACGGUGCCGUCGGCGUACCUCGACAACCGCCUGCCGGACGACGUCUCCUACGGCUUCCACCUCCACACCCCGACGACGGCCACGACGAAGGCGUGGCUGGACGCCCAAGCCCCGCGCUCCGUUGCGUACGUCUCCUUCGGCAGCAUCGCGGCGCCGGGGCCAGAACACAUGGCCGAGGUGGCGGAGGGCCUUUACAACAGCGGCAAGGCGUUCCUGUGGGUCGUGAGGGCCUUGGAGACCUCGAAGAUCCCCGAGGGGUUCGCCGACAGGGCCGGCGAGAGGGGCCUCAUCGUGCCGUGGACGGCGCAGCUGGAGGUGCUGGCGCAUCCGGCCGUCGGGUGCUUCGUGACGCACUGCGGCUGGAACUCCACGACGGAGGCGCUGGGCGCCGGCGUGCCGAUGGUGGGGAUGCCGCAGUGGUCGGACCAGCCGACGAACGUGAAAUACAUCGAGGACGUGUGGCGCGUCGGCGUGCAUGCGCGGCAGGACGACGGCGGGGUGGUGAGGAGGGAGGAGGUGGAGAGGUGCGUGAGGGCGGUGAUGGAGGGAGAGAGGAGCGAGGAGUACACGCGGAAUGCCCUCGAGUGGAAGAAGAAGGCCAUGAGCGCCAUGGGUGAAGGUGGCAGCUCCGACAGGAACAUCACGGAGUUUCUUCGUGAGCUCAGGUCAAGAAAAUCCGAGCACUCAAGCCUGCCGGAACAUCCCUAGCUUCUUGGGAUCUUCAGUGUUAAUGUGUGUGGCGUUCCGUGACAAACCGGUCGGUCAAAUCGUAUGAUCAAGAACGAGUUGAGAUGAAAUUUACCUUAAUAAGAUCAUGGGACACUGAACCAUUUUUGGGGAGAA